AUGACCUCUCAACCCUCAGUGCGCAUCGUGCCCCGGAAGAAGCUGCAUUGGAAGCCAGGAAAGGAGAAACAAGCUCCUGUACAGCUGACUCAGCAAGACAUCCUCAAACUGUUUCACGUGAGACAAACAGAAGCUGCGAAGAUGCUGGGCAUCUCGCUAACUGCCUUGAAGAGUGCUUGUCGAAUCCUUGGACUCCCCCGCUGGCCAUAUCACCGAGUAGACAUCGAUGAAAAAGCUAGCCGAAUGGCUCAGUCAACGGGGCUCGUCGAAGUACUCAGCUCGGAGUGCUUUGAACCAUUGUUUCUUGCAACGGACUCUUUCAGCAGCCCACAAUCUCCUCCAAGCAAUGGCUAUGACUCUACAGGCUACCAGAAAUAUGAUCUUCAGCUACAGUCAGCCUUCACGUGCAUGAAUUCACAACACAACCAGGCAUCGUAUGAGUUUCAAAUGGGGACGAGGAUAGCAAGUGGAAAGCGGUCUACUGCCCACAGCAACAUCUCAGAUUUUGGGGAAAAUCGUGAAUUUGAGCGGCUUGUGGUGUGGCCACACAAUUUGGAGACCAGAAGAGAGAAUUCCACGCUGGAGCUCUUUGACGAGGCUCUUCAACACUGUUGCAUGUCGAACUAG